UACAUAUAUAGAAGAGACAGAAAUAAACGUAGACAUUAUUUACUUUAAGUAGAAUAGAACAGAAACAUCGAAAUAUUGAGUGGAGUUAUAUAACCGGAUAAUAGUCAUUGCACAAGUGCCCUGGGGUUAUACAAAAACAUGUAAAGGUAUUAAAUAAACAUGCUGUAUUUGACAUAAUCAUUGUAUUUUUGAAAGGUCGAAGUGUGACAGCUUUUAAUGUAGACUGGUAUCUGUUUUUGUACCAAAAUCGUAUAAAAGGACAGUGUAUCAGUGUUAAACAUUUUAGAAACAGCUAGGACCCAGUGCAGUGUCUGAAUUGUCGAAAUGAACAAAUUCACAGUCAUUUUGUUUUUUGGAUUGGUUGCCAUAGCGGCAUGUCGGUUGGUCGGCGCACCAGCAGAAGUAGAUACAGACCAUAUGCAUAUUCAACGCAUGGCAAAAUUUGCCGUCGGAGAGAUAGGAUCGGAGUACAAACUUGUUGAAGUUAUCUCAGCAACGAAACAGGUUGUAAAUGGCAUGUUAUACAACAUAGAGCUCAUAGCAAAAAGGAAGAUAAUGGGAGAGAAAAACGUUAAGAGAAGAUGCAAAGUUCUUGUGUAUGAGAUUAAGCACGAGAAUUAUCUGGAACUGGAAGAAUUCCACUGCCAUUUUACAAACAAGCAGCCAAGACUUUAAUAGCCUUAUCAUAAA